GACUGCCGUCCGGCUCGCCUUUCAACGGGGCGGGCGAGGCGCAGCACUUCCCGCCGCGAGGUCCAGCGUCCUGCAAACCCGGCGAGAGGGGCGGGCCUACGUGCAGCCGCGUCCCGGGAGGAGAGCGCGGGGCCGGCCUUGGCAGGCUCAGGCCCUGCCGUCGUGUUUACAUCCGUCCCGCUCGGGCGGCCUCCUCGGCCCCCUCCCCGAAGCAGCCUUCGCUCCCUCCAGGCCGGGCCAAUGCGGCGCUUUUCGCCGGGCCAUGGACACCAGCGACCUCUUCACCAGCUGCAAGAAGGGCGACGUAUGUCGCGUGCGAUACCUUCUUGAACAGAGAGAUGUUGAAAUCAAUGUCCGAGACAAAUGGGACAGUACCCCUUUAUAUUAUGCUUGUCUCUGUGGACAUGAAGAGCUUGUGCAAUAUCUUCUAGCCAAUGGUGCAAAAUGUGAAGCAAACACCUUUGAUGGUGAGCGUUGCUUAUAUGGAGCUCUGAGUGAUACUAUCCGGCGGGUGUUGAAGGAGUAUAAGCAGAUCACAGCAAAGUGCAUGAAGAGGGACUACUAUGAUGCCUUUCUUCAGCGGCUUCUAGAACAGGGUUACCACAGUGACAUUGUUUUUAUUGUUCACGGGAAGACUUUCUGUGCCCAUCGCUGUGUACUUGGUGCCCGGAGUGCUUAUUUUGCAGAAAUGUUUGAGACCAAGUGGAAGGGGAAGAAUGUCAUAGCACUGAAACAUCCACUGAUCAACCCAGCAGCCUUUAGUUCCCUUCUACAAUACCUCUAUACAGGCCGUUUAGACCUAGAUGUAGAAUAUGUGAAUGACUGUAAGAGAUUGGCCAAGCAAUGUCAGCUCCAGGAUCUCAUUGAAGACUUGGAAACCAAAUGUAAAAAGGUGUAUGAAUUUGUUUCUUCCAAGCCAGGGACCUGUGUAAAGGUGCUGACAAUUGAACCAUCAGGUAAUUCACGGUUGCAGGAAGACCUGGCUCUGCUAGCAGAGUGUGCCUUGCCGGCUGAAUUCAGGGUAGGUUUUGGAGAGUUGCCUUUUGAUAGCACCGACAGCUUCAGUAGUUAUCCUGAUCUGUGUUUCCGAGUGUCAAAUUACAGUUUCCUGUGUCACAAGGCAUUUUUCUGUGGCCGAAGUGACUAUUUCAAAGCCCUUUUGAAGGACCACUUCUCGGAGAGUGAGGAGCUACAGACCCAACCCAGUAUCCCUGUGGUGACCCUUCAUGACAUUUCGGAGGAGAUAUUCAUCAGAGUUCUUUAUUACAUCUAUAGUGAUGACACAGAGUUGUCUCCUGAAAAUGCCUAUGAAGUGCUUUGUGUCGCCGAUAUGUACCUGUUGCCUGGCCUCAAGCGCCUGUGUGGGAGAACUUUGGCACAGGUUCUUGAUGAGGACAAUGUUGUCAGCAUCUGGAAGAUUGCAAAGCUAUUCCAGCUGAUCCGGUUGGAAGAUCAGUGCACAGAGUAUAUGGCCAAGAUAAUUGAGAAGUUAGUGGAGUUUGAGGAAUUUGCAGCAGCGGUGAAAGAGAAUGCUGACGCAGUGGAGGAACGGCAGGAGACAGACUCUAUUCCUCUUGUGGACGACAUCCGUUUUCACAUAACCAGCAAUGUUCAAACUUACAGUGCAAUUGAAGAAGCUAACCAAAAAUUGGAAGCUCUGGAUAACCUUUUGGCUAGCAUAGGACUUGAAUGUUAAUCUGGGAUAUUUUCUUGUGUAACUAUAUGAAGUAUCAGUUCAGAGUUAAUUUCUGCAAUUCACAUAUUUUUCUCUCUCUUUGAAUUUUCUCAUUUCUUCAUGCUUUAAAUAAGUUUUCCCCCUUUUUUAUCUUACUGACUACUGUAUCUGGAUUUUUUUUUCUUCUUCCAAGAAGCAGGUCCCCAGAAGAAUCUCUGAUUUGAAAACAUGGUUAUGUGUAUGUUACAUUGAUGAUAAAUGAUUUGCAUCUCUUAUGUAAUGAACCAGAUAUUACAGUACAAAAAAGCCCAGUGAAAAUGGGUCCAGCCUUCAGUACAUGGGCAUUCCUGCUGGGUAAAGAAAUAAAUAAAUGCUUUUACUGAACUAUAAGAAUAUUGGGUUGGUGCAGUAGAAGCUAAAGUUGCCUGCUGUUAGUCUUACAAACUUCUCUUCCAAAUGUAUGCAGCUGGAACUGAGCAGAUCCUUAAUUUCUCAUCCAGAUGCCUUAUUCAUCAGGUGGUCAAGUUCAUUUACUUUUUUAAAAAAUUCUCAUUUGUGCUUCUUGAAAUAAAAGAUUCUGCCACCACUAGGUGCAAAAGCACUUGGCCACCCACUAUUUCCUGCUCUUUUGUAGGGGACAUUGAGACAUGGAGAUUUAGCAUGUCUGCAUAUCUGUUCAAUAGUAAUGUUCCUUUGAUUUUACUAUACUUGGGGUUUCACUCAAAUGAUUUACAGAUUUCAGCAUGGAGUGUGUAUGUAUAAGUGAGUGUGGUGUACUUGCAUGAUUCCAUAAUGGACCGAUGGAGCAUUGUUUCCCUUUGGCAGUGGAAGCAUAAAUUAGUCUUGUGCAGUUCCCAAUAUUGUGAGGGGUAGGAGGUACCUUCAUGCUGACCAGUUCUACCCUUUGACACAUUCAGUGGCAUCUGGGAACAUACUCACAUGGCAUAGUCUAUACAGUGCAAUACCUUAGGAUAUACAUAAUUUGAUUCUGGUUAGUGCACACUAAGGUCACAUAUGUGACAGUCUAUGAAAAUUUAACAAUAUCCUAUUGUAGGCUGCACUGAGGUAUGGGGCCACACAUCCCUGUGUAUGCAGAUGUUGUGGCUGGCUAUAUGUAGUUAAUCGUCAGGUUUCCUAAAUGGGACGGGUGCUCUUUCCCCAUUCUGUAUAUAUUAAAUCUAACGUGUAUACAGAUACUCAUGAGAUGUAAUUUAAUGACUAGGUUCAGAGCAGCACAGCAGAGACAUAGAAGUGCCCUGAACUACCGUUAGUUGUGAAGUUUUCUACCUGACCUUUCAUAAUUUGCAUCAUGAUAUCCUGACACACUGGGCAGAGAAGAGGCAACUUAGACUCUGGUCAAUAAGAUCUUAGUCUGUAAGUAAAUGGUGUCUCACCACUAUCCAGUGUGCAUUGUGUCCUUUGUUACUCCCCCCAUUAAUAUGGAUGAUAGAUGGAAAAUGCAUUGUGGCCAUCGUAGCUGUGGGAGAGAGAGAUGGGGUGGGGAAGGGUGAACACAGGAAAAAUGCAGCACUUAAUGUGGAAAUGAGCACUAGGUAGAUCAGCCAGGGUUCUGUGCCCCCCUACCUCUCUUGAAUUAUGUCCUCAUUAUUAGAGAAAGAAAUUUGACAACAUGCUAAAUCUCAUCUGGAUUAUCCUGACUUUGUGAGACAUUAUUAUUCCUACACUAAUAUUGUUAGUAAGUGUUCAGAGUUGCGUUGGUAGAUUAACUUUAGUGAGACAUUGAUCUGGCAAAUGUGAUGUGGGACUCUAAUUGCUACAGUUUUCCAUGCACUGAUUCCUCUUUACACCUAAGGUCAAGAAGUUGGAUGUGUAUUUCCUAAUAGUAUGCCAAGGGAAGCGUACCUCUUAAAGGAAUGGUGCUUAUUUAAAAACACAUGGAAUUAGUCUGUUAUUCAGGAACCAUAAAUAAAAGCCUGGCCAGGAUGUUUCUUUUCCUGCAUUUUACUAGGGAAAUGGGAAGUUAAAUGCUGGAUUGCUUGAAAUUUUUUUUUGGCAAACAUCUUUGGCAAACAUUAUAGGAUCUUUCUUGUACCAACUUAUAAGGCCCCCCUAGUGGAUAAAUGGACAUCAUACUGGAAAAAAAACAUAACUACUUUCUUUUUCUGUUUUCAUUCUCUCCAUGAACAGUGAAUUAUUGGAACAAAAAGAAAGAGAGCACAGUGAGCUUUUUUAAGCUCCUAGUAUUUUCCUCUUCCUUGCAAUAUCUAGUAAAGCUAACAUGAUAUAAGCACAGGAAAUUAGUACUGGUAAUUGCCAUUGGGGUUCUCUAAGUAAAAAGACUUUUUAAAAAUAUUGUCAAGUGAAGUUCAUCUGGUUAACUUCUAGAUGGGAAGCGAAAGUGGCCGAACAAAGCUUUGUUCAUACUACUGAGAAUGGUAAGUAAAUGCAGAAUGAAUUUCCAGUAUGACUGAAUUUAGAAGCUGCUUCUCAGAAUUCAGCUCCUUGAUGAGCUGUCCCUUUGCUCUGUCUUGUAUUUUGUUUGUUGCCCUUGUGUAAAUCAGGGCUGUGGAUAAAAACAGACUAGUAUCUACUUAACAUGUAGUGAAAGAUCACCUCCUGUAAAUCCAAAGAAGAUAUGAAAAUAAUGGAUUUCUAUUUAUUGGUAUAGUCUUCCUGGCUAUUAAUUAUAUUGUAAAAGAGUUUAGAUGUAAGACUACUUCCUAUUAUGGUCUUACUUUAACUCAACCCUCUGUUAUUUAAAAUAAAGAGAAUGUAAAGCUUUACAGAAUGGCAAUAUAAUUAUAUAUUUAAAAGCUUAAUAUAUAAGCAUGCGUGCAGCAAUAAAGAGUCUAUUUCAUUAGAUCUGCUUUUCCUGUGCCUCAUUAAUACUAAAAAUGAAUGUGGCAAGAGCCGCAUGUUACUUAUACUACAAGACUCAAACUUGAUGCCAUCUUCCACUAGACAGUAAUGGAUACUGAUGGCAUGCGUUUAAUUGCCAGAAGUUGCAUAAAAUACCCUUCUUGGUUACCAUUUAAAGAUUAUGGUGGCUUGGGCAAAUGCUUUAUAUACAUAACUUUGAUAUCACUUAAUUCCAUACUUACAACAAUGAUCAUGCAGUAAACAUAUCUAUAUAGUACUUGUAUCAUUUCAGUCUUUUGCCUCAUGAAUGCCCAUAUUCUAUAAUACUUGCUCCUGUGUGGUUAAAAAAAUUUUUUGUGUGAAAAAGUGAAAUCACAAAGCUUUAUCAUAUUUUCCUGGCUUUGUCAGGGAAAAGUAACGCUGAGGGAAAUUGAAAUAAGACUAGUAUUUUUCUUAGCUGAAUAUUUUGUCUCCAGCCCAGAAUUGAUGGGUAUAAUUAAUUCUAACUUCACCAAAGCUAUACAAGUUUGACUACUCCAAGGUUUGUCAGUAUAACAUUCUGGCUGCCUUACCAUUCACAACACUCCUAGGUAAUGACUUCAACCCUUCAAAACUCUCAAAAUCUUGUAAAAUAACCAAGUUUUGCAAGAUAUUUGGGUUUUCAGAUGUGAUCCAAGAUUCUGUAUUUUGCAUGUGUGUGUGUAGUGUCCACAAUCUUGAACAAAUUCAGAUGGUAGUGCCUACCAUCUGAAGUGGUGGUUGACCUGGAAUUAAUCUGUGAGAACAAUUUGCCUGUAGUCAAGCUAGGGACUUGAUUAUUCCUGGAAGUGGAGAACAAAUAAGAGAUCUUUGUCUAAUUUUCCCCCCACUUCUGAGUUAAAAUAACACUGGCAUAAAAAUUUGCUGACCCCCAUUGCCAGUCUCUAUCCUGCACAUAUGGCAUCCAUGGUAGGUUAUUGCUAGAUGAGUUUGUCUUGAUUUGUACAUGUGCCAAUCAUGAUAGCCAAAGUGCUUGGGUUUUUUUCCUCUGGCUUUGCUGCCGUCCCUUCCAGCAUGUCACCAGCCAGUGGGAAACACCUCCACCAAUCACGCAUUGCAGUAGGAAUGGAGAGGGACUUAGGGCUGAUCAAAACCCAGUGCUUUUUAAUCAAUUAUGUGCUCAUGCUUUCAUAUCCAAUGUGGGCAUUAAAAUAAUGUGAAAUAAAUAAAUGGGAGGUCACACAGAAGAGUGCAUGGGUGGAAAAGGGGAAGAUGGAGAAAAUGGUGGGAGGAUGAGAUCCUCAAAAAGAAGUGAGAAAAAUGGGGCUGAGAUCUCCUUGGUGGUUUAGUAUGUUUAUUAAAACAUGUAUAGCUUUGAUGCACUUAUCUCAAACAAAUGCAUUUGUUUGCAGUUUUGCCAGAUAUAUGCUAUUUGGUACAUUAUUUUAUAAAUGUAUACAUCAUCCACAUACAAACUUUUAAAACGUUUUAAAAAGUGUGAAUUUUGAAUGGUAUCUGAAGGCACUUCUACAUUGUGCUAUUUCUACUCCCAAUCCCUUUAAAACAUUCUGAAGCUUGCAGACGUUAGAAUCUAGAGAAUCAACAGGGAGCACCUUGAGAGUAGUAGUAGUCUGCCCUACCCCCAAGCUACUGUAGUACCUGAAGCAUCAAAAAUCCUCUUACACCCCACACAGUGCAGAGAAAGGUUUCUCUGCUAUUUCUAUUGUGUGGUUGCAUGGGGAAAAAAUCCCAGCAGAUGCUAUAAGGAGGUUGUUGCAAAGCCACCAAGCCAUCAUUAUUCUACUUAAAAGCCUAUUGGUAGCUAUGAUGAUUUUAAAAAAAAACAUGCUACCAAUUUUGCAGCUCCUUUUGUCAGUAGCUGUUGCUGUGGUGUGGCUGAAAAGGAAAGGCCUUCAGCUGGACACAGGAAAAGGGCACUGAAAAUUGCUGGAGAAGAAAUGGUUCUGGAGCAGCAAAAUCUCCCCCCAGUAAGGUGGUCCAGUGUGCCAGGAUGAAGCCAAAAGAUGCUUCAGGUACGGGAUCCAUGCUGCACCUGCCGGCACCUCCUUAGAGAAGCUGCUGCUUUUCCUGGGCCUGCAAGGGUCCCAGGAAAAUAGAGCUUUGAGUGAAGUAGGCGCUGACAGUGUGACAAGGUGCUUCAGAGCAGUGAAAAACAUUUUCUAACACAUUCUUAUUUAAAACAGUUGCCCAUUUGCAUGGACAGAUAUUGUCCCAUUUGUAUAAAAUCUGUUGCUAAUAUAGAGUUUUACCUGCUCUGAAGAGAAAGUUCUGUCUCCCCAAAGAAUGCAAUCUUGUAGCUGUUCUGGAGCAUAGGAGAAAGCAAGCCAGAAUCUAAAUGGAGGCAUAACAUAUGUAGACAUAAACAAUGGCCAGGUGCUUCCAACAUGAGACAGUUCCUAUUAGCACUGACAUUUAUACAAUUCGCAGAAGUCUAAAUCCACUCCUUCCUCAAAACAGUCAAUUAAAUACAAUAUUCUCUGCAUUUUCACAAUUGUGUUAUUAAUGUUGAAGAAUUAAGAACUUGAAGGAAAAAAAUUAUUUCACAAGGCAAAGAACAAAGACAAUUUUUCUUCUCUCAAACUCACCUUUUUCUGAUUCAGAAUGGCUCUUUGCAGUUAGAGGAAAUAUAGGAAGAAAUUGGUUUCUAAUUCUAAUAAUGUCCUUACCCCAUCCUCACUACCUAAUGGGUAUUUGAGAAAGUUCAAGCCUGCUAGAGAAGUGGAGAUGGGAAGGAAGGAAUUAUCCAAAGUGACAGCCAAAGGAUAUGCUCAGGAUAUGAGCCUUCAUCAUAAAACAACUUGGGCACUUAGCCACAAGGCUCAUAUACCUUAAUUGCAGGUCUGUGGACUACCAACUAUAAGGGGCAAAGUUUCUAUAUAAUUAGACCUAGAAAUCUGAAUCUAGGCACCCAAAAUAAGAGAAAAUGUCCACAAAGGAAAAAAAGGCCACAGCCUUUAACAGGACUACAAAGGUCAAGGAAUGAUUACCAAGAAGGAAAAGAGAUGCAGAGGCAGCUAACUAGGGGUGUCUGCAUGAACAUAGGUGCAUUUGGCCAGAAGUCCCAGCUGAAGUAUUGUCUCUGCAUGGACAGGCCGCAUGUGAAAGCUGUGUCAGUGCUUCUGGAGAAAGCUGUUGCACUUGGCAAAGCACCCCUUCAAACAUUUUGCAUGGUCUUACUAAACACAAAUCACAUUAUGGCUUAGGACAGAGUGUGAACCAGAACGUUGCACACUUAUGACCAUAUUCAUUCAAUCUCCUUGGCUACAAAACUUACUGAGCAUGCAAUUUCUUCUUUAGAGAUCAAUUAUAUUUAAAGCUUUUUCCUUAAAUGACUUUGGUCAACCUGUCACAUCCUUAUGCCCUCCAGAUAUUCAGCACUUCAAAUCUUACAAUAUGCAUCCUUUUGCUAUGCUGGCUGGGAAUGAUUAGAGUUGAAAUCCACACAGCUGAAGAGCAGUAGAAUGGGCAAAGCUAAUCUCACCUAGAGUUUGGGAAUUCUAUUAAUCAUUUCAAGAUACAUUGCAAAUGUAAUGACAGAAUCUAAUUUUCUAAUCUAUCAUCUCAUGAGAAGCUGGUUUGAAAAGCUGUGAGUUUCCAUAGCUGCAAAUGGAAAUGGUUCAGAUGAGCUGGGAAAUUAGAUUCUGUUCUGAGUCACAGAUCAUACUUAGCCAUGUUUUGUUUAAUUAGGUUAUUGAAUAAACCACAAUUGCCUGGAUUCACACAGCAUGCCAAACCAAAAAACAACUUCCAAAACUAAAAACCAACACAAAACAACCCAUCCUUCUCAGCUGGUUGUGUUUGCCUUUGAAUCCAUUGUUUGCAGUCCUUCACCACCAAUUAUAUGUUUGCCCUUCCUAACUGUCUUCUUGCCUGAGACCUAUCCCAACUGCAUUUUCCCCACCUUUCCUCCAUGACCUUUAAUACAAGGACUAUAACAAGUGAUGCUUUUUUAUCCCUUAAUGAUGUUCAGAUUGCUCUACUUGAGGCAAGUAUCUUCCUUGGUUUAAUGGCCUUGUUAUAGAGCACGUGUAUGGUUAUGGAAAUAAUCAGUUGCAAGGGUUUGUUUCUGACAGGUCCAUGGAUGGAGGAUGAAAAUAGUUUGCUUCUUGCAUCUUAAUUAUGAAAUGCUGACUCUGCAUUCUCAUUCUCUCCAGUACAGCUUGACAUUGAUGCAAAACACUCCGAUCAUCAUAAUAGCAAUGGCAUGGGUGUCCAAAGCAAUUAAGCCUUGCCUUCGUUACCAAAAUUCAUUUUAUGCAUUUUGUCUUGAAGGCUCUGAAUAAGAUGCGUAUGCUCUCUGAAGUAGCCCACGUCUUUUAAAGGCAACCUUAACACCACUGACAUAGGCUCCAGUAUACUGAUCCUGACAUAUAUUAUUGACUAAUUAGUGAUUACUAAUUUUCUACUCUGUGAUUGACAGCUAGGGAGAGCAGGCUGACUUUGAAUAAGCAACAGCGAAGUUUGUAAGUCUUCCAGACCAUGAAAGUACUGCUUGUGGGGUUACUGACAAGACCACAACUAUUCUGUUGUUCCUAAAACAUAAUUGGUUACAGGUGUUCCAGCUGUGGGGGAUAUUCUUCUUUCUCCUUCCCUUCCCUUCUUACAAGACUUUUUCAUACCUUUUCUCUCAGCUUGAAUAUUUAAAUACAUUUAAAAUAGACAUUUUAAAUGUGAUUGGCUAUUAAUCUGGACGGAUAGUAGCUGCAAGAGGAUCUUCUUGUACUGCUGAUCUAAAUAUAAAAUUGUUAAUGCAGAAAAGUGGCAAGAACUGACACCUAAAUAAGUGUUUUUUGAGCCUCAACAAGUGCUAGUUAUUUAUUAAUGCAGUGAAACAUGUGCAAGCAUGGGAUUUUAUGUUAGUAAAAGAGGUAUGGAGAAAAUUAAGCUAUAACGGGAUAGAACAAUUGAAUUAUUUUUUACAAACCUAUACAUAAAUAUUCUAAAGAUUUUAAAAUAUAGUAGAAUGGUCUGGAAAAAUGGAUUUUGAAUCCUUCUUUUGCCAUUAGUAUUUUGACUUCAGAUCAAUAAUUAUCUUUCAGUCCAACUUAUUUAAUUUCCUUUGGUAAUAAUUACAAAAAGAAAUACAGUACUCUUGUGUACCCUACAGCAGUGUUUCUCAAUCGUGGCAGCUUGAAGAUGUGUGGACUUCAACUGGAUAUAUGGCCAAGUAUCAAGUAAGGGGAGAUUCUACACAGUCACGUAGACUGUGUAUUUUCAUCUCAUUUGUUCUGAUCUGAAUGCAAGUCUUGUAGUUAUUAUGUAACUAAGCUACUUGAACUUGGUGAAACACUUAGACCUAUAAUCAAAAGGGGACUCAGCAGAUGCUGCUUUGUGCUAAAACAUGUAGCAGAAACUAAAUAAAAGGAUUCAAAAAUCCAUACAAUGGCAAUUCUUUCAUUAUAUUUUCAAAAAGGGAGGCAGGGGGAACAAUCAUUUAUGUUUAUCCUAACAGUCCUAAGAUCUCAACCUGUAUACCAUCUGUUAGGGCUCAAAUCUGAACAUUUGUGACUUACUACCUAUUUCUCCUGCAUUUUAUCUUCAAGCCAGGGCUAAAGGUAAUUUCUGUGGUGUCAACAUUAGGUAACAUAACUUUCCCCAUUCUUGCACUUUGUUUAAAAUAUAACCAGAGAAUUCAAAAGCUCAUUUGUUUGCUAUAAAGGCCCUGCCUCACUCAGGUUUUUCUUCUGAGGCUACGUGCUUAAUGCUACUUGUUCAAUUGUUUUGACUUAAACUGGUAUUCAGGAUUGGGAGCUGUAUCUGCAGGAAGUAUUUCCUUGGCCACUGAUUCCAGCUACUUUACAACACACCUACUAUGGGAUUUUUAAGGCAGACAGAUGUUCUCAUGAGGCCAUGUGGAAGGAAUUCAUGAGGAAACGUAGCCAAGUGGGAGUGACUGUUAUAUCACAGACCUUGGGAAAUGUUAGCUAGCUGCAUAUAUCUGUCAGCAGUCUCUUGGCAGUUCUGUAACACGCACCUCUCUCCCACCUAGCUCCUUUGAAAAGCCGAGAACCUAAAGCAUAAAACAUCAGCCACCCCUCUUCAUUGCCACCUUCUUGUAGGAGCCAGAGAGAUGGUGCUGCCUGGCUGCUGGAAGUCAGGCCCUUGCCUCUUGCUUGGGGGAUCACAGAGCAGUCCCAAGCUGCGCUGACAGACUCAACUGGUACGUGUAACAUGGCUACCAGUGCAACCCUUGACUGCAUGGAUGCUCUUUCUGUUACCAAUUCAUGUUAAGGUUGCAUCCCGGAAAAGCAAAUUAGAUUUCUUCACCCUGGCGAAAAAGGCUUUAAACACAUUUACACACCCAUACUUGCUUGCUCACAGUGAGUCCAGCAAAUACACUCUGGAUGUGAAAUGUUAUUAAGCCAGUGUUGUCCAA